CCGCCUGCUCUCCCUCUCAUCCCUUCCCCUCCCCUCCCCACCUCCGACCGCACCGUCCCCCUCCCCAUCGAUUUCUACCAGGUGCUUGGGGCGGAGACCCAUUUCCUUGGGGAUGGGAUCCGGAGGGCGUUCGAGGCCAAGGUGUCGAAGCCGCCGCAGCUAGGGUUCAGCCAGGAAGCCCUUGUCGGCCGGCGACAGAUUCUGCAGGCCGCUUGCGACACGUUGUCUAACCCUAGCUUGCGAGGGGAUUAUAACCGUGGCCUCCUCGACGAGCCGGAGUCCACACGAACUACCCAUGUUCCCUGGGACAAGGUUCCAGGCGCUCUCUGUGUGCUCCAAGAGGCCGGGGAGACUGAAGUGGUGCUUCAAGUAGGCCAGAAACUCUUGAGGGAGAGAUUGCCAAAGAAUUUCAAGCAGGAUGUGGUUCUCGUGAUGGCACUUGCAUAUGUGGAUCUCUCUAGAGAUGCAAUGGCUUUGACCCCACCGGAUUUCGUUGGGUGUUGCGAGGUGCUCGAGAGGGCACUGAAGCUCCUACAGGAGGAAGGAGCAAGCAACCUUGCACCAGAUCUACAAGCACAGAUUGAUGAGACAUUGGAAGAGAUUACACCUCGUUGUGUUCUUGAGCUUCUAGCUUUACCCCUUGAUGAAGAGCAUCAUGUGAAAAGGGAGGAAGGCCUUCGUGGGGUGCGCAAUAUACUAUGGACUGUGGGUAAAGGAGGUGCUUCUGUGAUUGGAGGUGGGUUUACUCGCGAAGACUUCAUGAAUGAAGCAUUCUUACGGAUGACGGCUGCUGAACAGGUUGAUUUAUUUGCUGCCACACCGAGUAAUAUACCGGCAGAGAGCUUUGAGAUUUACGGGGUGGCUCUUGCUCUGGUUUCCCUAGCUUUCUUGGAUAAGAAACCCCACCUUAUCAAGAAUGCGGACAAUCUCUUUCUCCAGCUUCAGCAGAGCAAUGCCACCACAAUGGGUUCUAUGCCUGUCUAUGCUAUAAAAAAGGAUCGCGCAACUGACUUUGCACUUGAAAGAGGCCUUUGCUCACUUCUUGUGGGAGAUCUUGAUGGGUGCCAAUUGUGGUUGGGCCUUGAUAGUGAGAACUCACCUCACAGAAAUCCAUCUAUUGUAGAAUUCAUUGUGGAUAGUUCAAACAUCGACAUGGAUGAUGAUCUUCUUCCUGGUCUCUGUAAACUGUUGGAAACGUGGCUUGUGGAGGUAGUUUUUCCAAGAUUUAGAGAUACUCAAGAUUUGCGCAUUAGGCUGGGAGAUUACUAUGAUGACCCCAUUGUCUUGAGGUAUCUGGAAAGGUUAGAGGGUGGCGGCGGAUCACCUUUAGCUGCAGCUGCUGCCAUAGUGAAAAUUGGGACAGAAGCUACUGCAGCACUUGGUAACAUGAAGUCAAGUGUUCUUCAGGCAUUGCAGAAAGUUUUUCCAUCAGGCAACACAAUGGAGAGGGAGAGUAGAGAGGAACAAGAUGAUGGAUAUGAUUCUGCUUAUGACAUGCAAACUGAGGAAUCUGCGGAAGGAGCUGAACAAAAUAUUUCUGCAGCUAAGGCUGAGGUUUCUUUGGAUUUCAGUCCUGCUGAUUUAAAUGAGCAAGAUUGGACAUACCAAGUAAAAGAUGCAAGUGUUAAGCUUAUGGGUGCUGGUGUGGUGGUUGGAUUAUUGACUCUAGCGGGGCUCAAAUAUUUACCAGGUAGAAAUGUUUUUCCAGUUACGGGUAUGAAAGCAAGUAGAGGAAUGACUACUGAUGUUUCCAGUCAGGAUUUAUCUGGAGAUGGAAGCUUGGUGCAGGACAAACCUAAAAUGGAUGCCAGAUUUGCUGAAACUCUCAUUCGCAAGUGGCAGAAAAUUAAAUCCCAGGCCUUGGGACCUGACCAUUGUGUUGCAGAAUUCUCUGAGGUUUUGGAUGGUCGGAUGCUACAGAUAUGGACAGAUCGUGUGGCUGAGAUUGCACAGCAACAAUUGUCUUGGGAAUACACCCUAUUGAGUGUGACAAUUGAUAGUGUGACCGUAUCCAUGGAUGGCCAGCGUGCAAUGGUGGAGGCAACAAUUGAGGAGGCAGCUCGGCUGACUGAUGCUGCAAACCCAGAGAACCAAGACUCUUAUAGCACUACAUACUCCACACGCUAUGAGAUGGUGUAUUUUUCAAGUUCAGGUUGGAAGAUAACAGAAGGUGUGGUUCUCAAAUCGUAAGAGUGGCCAAUGCUAGCAGUAUCAUUUACCCUUCACACUCAUCUGUCUGUAUGUAGAUAAUCCAUCUCUUCCUUUUGC